GCUUGAGCCUCCCUGGGCUUGUUCCUGCAGAGAAUUGUUUGCGUACCCCUUGGAUCCAGCCUCAGUUCUUUAUCUGCUCUGUGCACCGAAGAUAACUGUGUGCUACUCCCUGAAAUGCAGAGGCGAAGUGAUUCAAAGCUGGGUCUCAGCAGGUGCUGGUCGCCUCCUGUUUGCUUUCUGGAGGCAUUGAGGUUCCAUGGGGAUAUCUCCAGUUUCCCAGGCAGGAAAGGUGCCCUAAAGCUGUGGUCUGUAAGGAAUAGGGGUCCCCUUUCCCAUAAAAAGGGAUGCUAUCAGUCCCAUGGGGUUUUUCUCCCAUGGAAGCACUGUGGGGGAGGAUCUGGCCAGCCCAUCCCUGUGGGGUACUGCAGGUGAGGCAACAUCCCCAGGCUAUCCUCUGUGUUAAACCUAAAAGGGUUGGAGAUGCUAUGUCCCUACAGCACUGGCACAAGAGCUUUCAAAAAAAAGGUGUGUUUGUAUUCACAGCAGCUUAUUAGAACAGCUCUCCUCAUGUCAGCCUCUGAGGGAUGAUGCAAGUGAGCAGGGGUGAUGUAACAACAUGAAUUGCAUCACUGCAGCUGGGUGCUGGUAGUGACACCAGCAGGCAGAAUGGCUGCAGUGACAGCUGCUGAGCAGUGGCCACCUGUUGGAUUUGGGGCAUUACUUUGUCUUGCUUCACCUUUUCCCCCCCAAGUCUUUGUACAACCAGCUCUAAGAGGGUGGGGAAGAAACUCCUGGCCCCUCUGUACUUCCUUACUGCACAGCGUGGCUCGUGGCCAAUGCUGCCUGUCCCAGCCUCCUGGUGAGUCACAGGGCGAUGGCCUCACCUGGCACUGGUGACUGGUUGGCACAGCCAUGCCUGUUUUGCUUUCCUUUCCACACCUGGGAAUCUCCUGCAGUUGGGGAUUUCUUGCUCUGGAAAAGCAGAAUGAACCUCCCCAGUGCUUUUCUUCCACUUUGUAGAAUCGGGGGACCUGUAAUUGUUUGUGUCACUCAGCACAGUCAAUAGACGUGGAAUGUAAUUAACAAUUUCUUAAUGUAGCGAGGCCAGAUAGCUGCUCAUUUUCUUGUGGGCAGAAAUCAUCACUGCCUAUGCCUCCUUGCUGGGCUGGCUGUGGUGUCCCCAGCCUGUGUGGCUUUAGGGGAUCUGCCGUGGUGGGUGACAGCUGCUGUAGUGGCAGAGCCAGCAGAAGCGUGGUUCAAAGGAGCUGUGCCAAAUGCAGCCAGACUGGGUUGAGGUACAAUCUAUUGGUGUGAAAGCAUCUCUUGCAGCUCCUUGUGCAGGACUCUGGGUUUUCCAGCCAGCUGCUCUCCGUGCCCACGAUGGAGCCGUGCAGUGUGUCAUGCUCUAGUGCUGUGCUUACAGCUCUGGCUUCCCUGCUCUGCUUUCACUUUACCUUUGGCACCUUGGGAUUUCCUGCUUGCCUGUGUAAAGUAAUGACGUCUCAUUACGCUUUGCCAACCAGAAAUGAUGCCUGGGGAAAUAAAUGCUGCAGUGACAGAAUAGACAAGUUAAAGGAGCAAUGUGAUGCUACUAUGACACCCAAUGGGCCAACCCAAAGCAUCUCUAUGGCUGUUCUGAGUGCAGCCAGCAGCAAUGGGUGCAGGUUUUGGGGUAAAUCCCCUGGAUUAUGGUGUAGAUGGGACUGCAAGAGCUAGCACUGUUGCCAGCUUCUCACCCAGGAGGACAUGCUGCUCCAGCUGCACUGAGGACGUUGUGCCCAGCUUUAACACCUCAUGGGAUUUUUCUGUUAUGGAUGUUCUAUGCCUUGCUUGGAUAGCUUCUGUGGAGUUACUUUCACUGCUUUUGGCUUCUAUUUCAUCGUUGUACUAAGUAUGAACAAGUUGCAUUGAAUAAAAUGCAUUUUUCUCAAUGUGUUUGUUUCUUUAAGUGGACAGAAAGGAAAGGGGAGCUUUUCAAUCUUGGGGCACACGAGGUAAUGAAGAACCAAGCCUUGGCUGAGGCUCAGGCUUUUAAUUAUUGACCUUAGCUGUAUUAAUGAGUCACAUAGCCCAGUGCUGGUGGGAUCCUGGUGGAUCCUGGUCCUGCAUUGCUGUCCACGACUUGCCAUGAGCAAGAAUCCCAUGUCUCGAGUGCUUUCAGGCUUUACAUCUGCAUCUGGCUGUCCUGGCUCUGCUCCAAGCUCUAACUCCAUCCAGUCUGAGCAAAGUGAGCAUUGCUGCUAGCCUAGCUGCACCGCUCCUCAUCCUGGCUGUGGUGCCUGGUGAUGAGAUGGGAGGCAAUGAACACGAGUCAAAGCACAUCUGAGCACAGCAAAGCCUUACUGAGGGGACAGUGCUGGCACAGGGUGCUCAUUUUGUGGGGUCUCCACCCUUGGUGAUAGGCAAAACAAGACACGGUCCUGAGGAGUGCCUGCUUAGGGCAGUGAAGCAGUGGAACAGACUGCCCAGAGAGGUGAUGGAUGCCCAUUGCUGGAGACACUCAAGGACAAUGCACUGAGCACCUGGUCAACUGUUUAUGUCCCUGUUCAUCAGAGGGGAGUUGAACCUGAUGGCCUUUAAAGUCCCUUCCAACUCAAAUGUUUCUAUGAUAACCUGCUCCAGCUGCACCUGCUUUUUAUACACGCAGGAUUAUAUUUUUCUAUAUUUAAUGAUUGAUUAAUGCACAAAACAAAAUGCAGAUGUAGUUUCACAGCUCAGGUUACCUCGAGGAAAGAGCAGAAUUUGGAUGCACAGCGCUGUGGCUGCCUUACUCAGUGCUACACUACUGCACAGUGGCUCUUUACACACAUGGGUAUAUUUUGCUAUACUUCAUGAUUGAUUAGUGCAUGACAUUCAAAGUGCAGUUAUAGUUCCAUGGCUCAGGUUACCUUAGGGAAAGGGCAGGUUUCUUGCAGCGCGGGUGUGUUUUUACAGCUGCCAAGGCAGCUCUGUGAAGAUGCUGUAUUUGCAUUUUCCACGAAUGCUGCUGAACAGGGAGGAAAAGCCAUGCACAGUGCUGUGGGGUCCCACCAUGUUGCCCCAUCCCGGUUGUCAUAUCCCCACAGCGCCCUCACCUGUGGCCACACCUGUGGCCUCGGGGUUUCCUCUCCACUGCUUUCGCUUUCCUGUCGCAGUGCUGCCUUGCCGUGGAUUUUCCUGUCAAGCUGAAAGUGCAAUCCUGCCCGCUGCUUAAAAGCCAGAGAGAUGGGGCAGAGCUGCAGAAGUGACUUGAGAAGCUCCAUCUCACCUGAUUCUAUUUCUUCUUAUACUUAUUUAAUUUUGCUUCAAAGAUGGUAGGCUACGGGGUCACAGUGAUAUUGGUAGGGAUUCUGGGGGCACUCGUGGUGGAUGCUUUCCCCCGGGUCACUCCAAAGAAGAGCUGCAGCCUCUCCAAGUACCAGUUCCCUGCACCUUCGGAGUUGAAGGCAGUGCGGAGGAUGAAGGAGCAGUUUGAAGAGAUCAUGCUGCUAACAAACCGAAAAUGCAACACCAGACUCUUUCAUCGGAAGUGGAACACGGCCGAGCUGUCGGUAGCUGACCGGAUCACCCUGGUGGAGGCUGAGCUGGACCUUACCAUCACCAUGCUCACAAACCCCACAACCCAGAGGAUGGCUGAGACGUGCCAACAGCCCCUGGCCUUCCUUAACCAAGUCCGGGAGGAUCUGCGAGACUGCUUGGCCCUCGAGGUGCCUUCACAUCAGCCUUCUGGGAAACUGAGGCACUGGCUGCAGAAGCUGGAGACAGCCAAGAAGAAGGAGACCCCUGGCUGCCUGGAGGCCUCGGCCAUCCUCCACAUCUUCCAAAUACUGAACGACCUGCGGUGUGCAGCCCAGCGCGAGGAUUGCACUUAGCCCCACUGCCCUGCAUCUACCCGGGAGCAGCGGGUGUUCUCACACUGCUUUAUGGAAGCUUGGCUGUAUUUUCCUAUUUAAGCAUUUGUCUUAUUGAUGUGAGCUCAGGGAGCAAUUUUGUAAGAGUCUUUUAAGUUAUUGUGGGUUUUGUGGGGGUUUUUUGUACCACGUAUUUAUAAAUAUUUAAGGAAGAUGUAAAGAAAUGCGCUUCUUGAAAGGUACUGCUCAAUGAGGAUGAGCAUAUUUAUUGUAUAUCUUUGUUUUGCUGGUUUUCAAAACACUGUUUUUAAGGAGAUCUAUUUUCUGUACUCACUAUUUAUUACACACUGUUACAUAUAUUUACUUGUAUAGAUAAUUUAUAAUUUAUUUUUACAUGCUAUUUAACAUGAAAAAGGAAAUAAAUACCUUAAACUGACAAACUACCAUCACGUUUCCACAUGAUGUCUUGCUAUAGUAUCAUCCCUUCAGAAUCGUUUGGGGAGGAUAUCAAUAUGGAUGUUGGGCAUUUGAAGUCAGCAGAACCUCACCCCUGUGCUGAUGCCAUCUAAAGGUGCAUCCUGACACCUCUCCUGGGGCUCACUUUUGGGAUGAAUGGAUGCUACAGUGGCUGGGGAUGUCCUUGCUUGCUGGGUAGCACCAAAUAUGGGAAGUCUGAAGCCUAAAGCAUCCCAGUCCUGAGUGGGAAAGGCUCCAGACUUGGCCAUCCCAGAAGCUCUCAGAAGAUCCCUGUUAUGAUUUAAUUAUCAACCACAAGGAUAGGACAAGUGAGGAGUGCUGGGGAAGGAAGGCACUCUGCAGGGAGAGGAGAAAAAGGAUGGAUGAGCAGUGCUGAACAUCAUUCAGUUUGUAUUCCUUUGGGCCCAGAUGCUUCUUUGGAGACUGAUCACCAGAGGAGGGGAGCUGGUGAAGCUGUGAAGGUCACACAUCGUGUCACCAGGGACAAGAAGUCUCCCCAACCACAGCAAGGGGAUCCAAAGCACGCAGAUGAGAUUUUCUGCAACUUAAGAAAGUCAACAGUUGAGCUUCAUCACUGGAUCACCUUAUAAACUUCUUCUGCCCCCAAAUCUCCCAUCAGAACCCAGGUUCACGUUACCCACAGACUGUGCACUGUUGGUAGUGCAAAGGCAAUACUUCCUUCAGUAAUCUCCAGCUUGAGAACUGAUUUGUAGCACUGCACCAAGCAGACAGACCUCAAAGCUGCUGGCUGCCAGGGCUUGACAUACCCUAGAGAAUUAUGCACAACUGUAAGCAAUCUGCUGAUUCAUCUGAUACUGUUACAAGAAAGGGUGAUUAAAAGGCUGCUGUGACAGAAGAGGUUCUGCCAGAAGGUGGGUUUCUAUUGAAAUUAAAACAAAAUAAUAGUAAUGUGUAGGGCUGUACUGAUUUUUAGGGUAUUUUUCAUGGAGAAUAGCCAAAAUGAAACUUUUUAUUAUUUUUAUUUUUCCUGAGGACAUAAGGUCUUCAAAUCAGAAGAAACCCAAGGAGCAUCCAGCCAAACUCCAGAGUCAGGGCAAGCUGUGCAGGGACACACCCAGGUGAGUCUUGGAUGGUUCCAGGAAGAGAGAUUUCACAACAUGGGUAACGCUUUCUGUUGGGUGAUUUUGUGAAGCAGCUCUGUGCCAGAGCCAACUGCAGGGUGAUGGAACACGCUGGAGAGGGCAGAGGAUGACAAACAGGGGCUGUGACAGGGACAACGCUUUCCUAGCCCUCUGCAAAAUCCUUGAAUGCUUAGGAUCAGGGGCCCAAUGCCCACUUACAUCAAGGACGCUCUGUGACUAAUAGGAAAGGUUUUGAAGCCUCCAGUUCUCCAUCCCUGCUCUGAAGCAAAGGCUUCAAGCAAAGGCUGCCCUUAUCUUACUGAUGUACAGCGUGGACAUUUCUCUUCUUUCUGGUCCUGAUUUGUUAAGGUGACUGACUUAAAAGUCAGCAGACAAAUGGCACAGCUUCUUGUACCUCCUUCCACUCUCACUGGAUGUGACUUUUAUUUCAGUUCUUUUUGUUCCUAAAAGCGAUGGAAAAUUCCUUCUUUAGUCCUUGACAUCAAAUAUCAGCAAGAGUUUAUAAUGGCAGCUCAAGCCACUGUUGGUUUUUGGUUUUGUUUUUAAUUUUCAUCACUACUAAAUCCCUGUUUUCUAAUGUACCAGUGCUCUUGAUAUUGUAAUUUCUCCCCCAUUCAUCGCUGUUCAUAAUUCACAGUAAUUCCUGUAUAUAUUAUACUGGGAACCAUCAGGAAUCAUUUUGUGAUGUUACUGUCUUGCUCUCAGAGGAGGUGAUGUUCAGGGAGAUCAGAUUGCUUUUAAUUUGCUUUGAUAAAAAGAGUUUUUUUGAAAAAUAACCUUCACUUCUAUCUGCAGGUGACUUCUGCACAUGUGUGAGUGGUUGGUGGGUUACUCAUUCUCAUGCAAAGCCUCAACUUUUUGGACUAAAAGGACAGGCUGAAGGACAGAUAGCUGCUGAAGGCUCUUGAGACUUAAGGCUGCCAUGUGAAUUAGCGAUGAUUUCCUUUUUGUUUCCUUUGCAUUCCAGAAGUCUUACCUCUGUAGUCACAACCCAACCCCAUUUCUCUGCCCCUGGAGAAGUCCCCCCAGCAGCCCACGUCCCCUGAAUCUCUUUCUGCACUCCCCCAGAGGUGUCUGCAGAAGAGGCUGGGAUUGCUGCUUCUUUCUCAUUUGAUUUCUGUGUUCUUUUCAGAAUGGAGGUUCCUCACUGCUCUGAGACAGCCAAGAAAGGGCAGUUGAUAUGUGGUAUACCAUG